AUGACGAUGGUGAAGAUGAUGAAGAUUAUGACGAUGAUGGUAAAGAUGAUGAAGAAGGAAGAUGAUGAAGAAGGUGAUGAGGAUCAGGAUGAUGAGGAUGAUGAAGAAGAGGAUGAUGAUGAUGAUGAUGAUGAUGAUGAUGAUGAUGAUGAUGAUGACGACGACGACGACGACGAUGAAGAAGAAGAAGGUGAUGAGGAGGAUGAUUAUGAGAGCUCAGAAUUAACCUCUGAGGAGAAUGAGUAUGAGGAGGAGCGGAGACGGCAAUUGGAAGAGGAGAAAAAGAGGAAGAAGAAGAAGAAAAGACAGAAGAAGAUCCUGAUGGGGGUUGCAAUCGGAGUCGGUGUAGUAGCAGUUGCAGGUUUAACCGUGGCUACUGGUGGUGGAGCAGGAGGUGUAGCUGGGAAGAUUGCUUUUGUCGCAGGUAAAGCUGCAAUUAAACGUGCAAUUAAGAAGAAGAAGGAAAAAAAAAAGUUGCAAAAAAUGUACAAAAUAAAUCAUUUGACUUACUAGGACAUGACAGUUUAUAUAUAGUUUUUCCACACUUAUCAUUUGUCAUGCUAACCUGAUAGGUUGCAUCCUUCUGUACAAACGUCUUUGAUCUCCUGUUAUUGUCAUGGUGUCCUGAAUGGUCACUGGUCAGUGUGUGUUGUUUUGUCUUUUAUUCAACAAAUAAAAGCUUGCACUAAUUCAUAUGAAUAUUUAUUUUUGCUUUAUCUUGGAUGCAUUUCUUUGAUUUUGUUCAGUUGUUCCCAGUUCUGCUUUAUGUAACUGUCUUUACAACUAUGAACUUGUGCAGGCAUGAUCUACAUUAUUUGUUUUAAAUAAAUACACACUUUGUUAAAUAAAUAAA